AUCUCUUUAUGAAUUCAUAAUUAAAUAUCUCAAGAUUUAAAUCCAACUGACUGAUUAAUUAAUCAGUCAAACUCUGAAUAAUAAAUCCGGAUAAAUUAAUCAUAGGAUAAUCUGAAAUUCAGGUCCAAUGAUUAAUUAGCUUUUCUUUUGCGUCGUCUAUUUAUAGAAACUCCACUCUCCGUUCAUAUAGAAAUUCAAACCACCACCACCGCCGCCAUGAAAAGGGUUUUCUUGAUAAUCAACUGCAUCAUACUCGCCGUCGGAAACUGCGGCGGCCCUUUGAUCAUGCGCCUCUACUUCGUCCACGGCGGCAAGAGGAUCUGGUUUUCCAGCUGGCUCGAAACCGGGGGUUGGCCCAUAAUCCUCGCCCCACUCAUCGUGUCCUACACGCGCCGCCGCCGCACCGCCGCAGCAGGCAAGGCGGAGCUCUACCUCAUGAAGCCGCGCGUGUUCGUGGCGGCGGCGGUGAUCGGAGUGCUGACGGGGUUCGACGACUACCUGUACGCGUACGGGGUGGCCAAGCUCCCGGUGUCCACAUCCGCCCUCAUCGUCGCCUCCCAGCUGGCUUUCACGGCGGUGUUCGCCUUUCUUAUGGUGAAGCAGGAGUUCACGGCGUACUCCGUUAACGCGGUGGUUCUGUUAACUCUGGGGGCGGUGGUUUUGGGGCUCCACACGAGCGGAGAUAGGCCGGAGGGGGAGUCGAGUAAGGAGUACAUGGUGGGGUUCUUGCUGACGGUGGCGGCGGCGGCGCUGUACGGAUUUAUACUGCCGGCGGUGGAGCUGACGUAUAAGAAGGCGAAGCAGGCGGUGUCGUAUACGCUGGUUUUGGAGAUGCAGUUGGUUAUGUGCGUCUUUGCGACGUCGUUUUGCACCGUUGGGAUGCUCGUCAACAAUGAUUUCCAGGCAAUUGCAAGGGAAGCACGAGCAUAUGAACUUGGGGAGACAAAAUACUAUAUAGUUGUAUUGUGGAGUGCCAUUGUUUGGCAAUGCUUUUUCUUGGGAGCCAUUGGAGUUAUAUUCUAUUCAUCGUCACUUCUAUCGGGCAUCGUUAUUACAGUUUUACUACCGGCAACCGAAAUAUUAGCCAUUAUUUUCUACCACGAGAAAUUUCAAGCUGAAAAGGGUCUCUCUCUUUUCUUAUCUCUUUGGGGAUUUAUAUCUUACUUUUAUGGCGAAAUGAAAAAGGACAAGAACAAGAACAAGAACAACAUCGAUCAAAGUAACGACCAGACUCAGGCUACAGAAACCGAGUUGACUCAUCGGGUCGUUAUAAAUCCUUGA